CGAAGCGCAACCUGGUGACCAAACCAGCAGUCAGUUACUGGCAAAAUGGCGCUCAAGGCACAAGUCGGUCAAAAGAUUAUGAAUGAGAUCAUCAAACAGAAAAAGGCCUCAGAUAGUGGUACUCCGUGGCGCAUUUUGGUAGUGGACCAACUAGCCAUGAGGAUGGUAUCGGCAUGCUGUAAAAUGCACGAUAUCAGUGCCCAAGGAAUCACUCUGGUAGAAGACAUUAACAAAAAACGGGAGCCAUUGCCCACCAUGGAAGCGAUCUAUCUGAUCACACCUUGCAAUAAUUCUGUCCAAAAACUAAUUGAAGACUUCAGCAAUCCGACGCGGACCAUUUAUAAAGUCGCGCACAUUUACUUCACGGAAGUGUGUCCGGAGGAGCUGUUCAAUGAAAUCUGCAAGUCUCUCGCCGCUAAAAAGAUCAAAACCCUCAAAGAGAUCAACAUCGCUUUCCUGCCUUACGAGUCGCAGGUCUUCUCCCUGGACUCGCGUGAAACGUUCGCUUGCUUUUACAACGCGUCUUUCGCCAACUUGAGGACUGCCAACAUGGAGAGAAUAGCCGAACAAAUAGCGACUCUCUGUGCUACUCUUGGAGAAUAUCCGUCUGUUCGUUACCGAAGUGACUUCGACCGAAACGUGGAGUUGGCACAUAUGGUCCAACAAAAAUUGGACGCUUACAAAGCGGAUGAGCCGACUAUGGGGGAAGGACCAGAGAAAGCUCGUUCCCAAUUGCUCAUCCUGGAUAGAGGAUUUGAUUGUGUUUCACCGCUGUUACAUGAGUUGACGCUGCAAGCUAUGGCAUACGAUUUACUAGAUAUCGAAAACGACGUUUAUAGGUUCGAAGCGUCAGCCGGAGUGCAAAAGGAAGUAUUAUUGGACGAGAAUGAUGAUUUGUGGGUAGAGCUUAGACAUCAACAUAUUGCUGUAGUUUCACAAAACGUUACCAAAAAUCUGAAGAAAUUCACGGAAUCAAAAAGGAUGCCUCAAGGAGACAAACAAAGCAUGAGGGACCUUUCACAGAUGAUCAAGAAAAUGCCACAAUACCAGAAAGAAUUAAGCAAAUAUGCAACGCAUUUACAAUUAGCCGAGGAUUGCAUGAAACGUUACCAAGGAAACGUGGACAAGCUGUGCAAAGUAGAACAAGACUUAGCGAUGGGCACAGAUGCCGAGGGUGAACGUAUCAAAGAUCAGAUGAAGAACAUUACACCCAUUUUGCUUGAUCAAACUGUGCACCAUUUGGACAAGCUUCGAAUUAUCUCUUUGUAUGUUAUUAGUAAAAAUGGUGUCACCGAUGAAAAUCUGAAUCGUUUAGUUCACCAUGCUCAAAUAUCGGUGGAUGACAAACAGACCAUAGUCAAUAUGUCAAACCUUGGCAUUAAUAUCGUAGUAGAUGGUGGUAACCGUAAGAAAUUGUAUACUGUACCACGUAAAGAGAGAAUUACGGAGCAAACAUAUCAAAUGAGUCGUUGGACACCGAUUAUGAAAGACAUUAUGGAAGACGCUAUUGAAGAUAAACUUGACUCCAAACAUUUUCCAUUCUUAGCCGGCCGUGCUGCCAGCUCGGGUUACCAUGCUCCGACCAGUGCGCGAUAUGGCCACUGGCACAAAGACAAAGGCCAACAAACCAUUAAAAACGUGCCGCGCUUGAUUGUCUUCGUUGUUGGUGGAGUCUGCUUCUCUGAAAUACGAUGCGCUUACGAAGUAACAAACGCUUUGAAAAAUUGGGAAGUGAUAAUUGGUUCGUCGCACAUUAUUACACCGAAGUCCUUCUUAGACGACUUGAGUAAACUUCAUGUGUGAAUACAUUUUCGUAUAAACGGAACAACAAAGAAUACAUUCCCGUAUUUCCUGAUACGUCAUUAGCUUUGGCUCCAUCAAUAAAUACCAGCUAUAACUCUGUGGAUGAACUCGACUAUACAAUUGAAAAUAUUAUAUAGGGAACACGCAGUCAAUUCUGUAGGUCGCGCAGCCAUUUAAGCGACCAUUUAAGAAAUUGGUGAAUGUCAUAUCAUGAAUAGCAGUUGAACAAUACAUGAACGGUGUUAGAAUGAGAAAAAUAUUAAGUGCCUCCGCGUUUAAAAAGUUAAUAAGAAACGAAUAAACAUCUUGGCAAUACUGGUGUAGAUCACACGGAAGUGCUUAAUUGUACCUUAGGCUGGCAAAUGAUCUAGUUCGGAUAUGAUAUGUUACUUUCAGCCGUGCCACUCCUUUAUUAAUAAUAAGGGGCCGGUUAGCAAUGGAAUUUGAUGUGUUGUAGAAGAGAAUCGUGAUAUACAUGUAAAUUUCUCGUUAUUAGUAUUUCGUUAUCUCCCGCUCUGAAAAAAGCUAUAGACUGUUACAUACUUUACCUUAAAGAUUUAAUCUUCGAUUUCACUCACAGAAUCAGUAACGCUUAUGGAAUUCGCAUGAAAGAUAUAAAUAUCAUUUGCAACACAAUUACGUGUGUAUCAAUUUCAAAAUAGAGACAUGAUGUGAAUAUUAGUAUUUAUUAUAUAAUCUUCAUUCUAUUUAAAUAUGUUUCUUGUAUAAUAAAAACAAUAAGUGUAUAUUAAAUUAUUUAUUAUACGUCUGUUAUAGUGUUGAUUCGUUGACAAAUAUGUUCACUUAGCGUGCAUGAAUGCUGAAUUAUAGCGCAAGUAAGUCGGUCUUGAUUUCUCUUGAAAGCAAUGCAUCUAACAUUCGUAAAUAAAAAACAUUGUCCGACUUUUGAAGACUUAUAUACAGGUUCAACUAAAACUAAUUAUCUUCACCGUAUUGAUAAAUAUUUACAUGUUAAAACUUCUGCUGCACAUAAGAAGCAAUUAUAAAACCGCUCUCGGCCGGUGGAAGUGAAUCUGUUAAUUAUUCAUAAUAAUUAUUGAUGUACGUUAAUAUUACGAUUACUUAGCGGCGAGAUUAUUACAAAGUUUACGGUAUUGAAUAAUAUAUAAUAUAUUAUAUGAACGUAUGUGUAUGUAGAUUGUAGACUAAACAAAAUGUUCUGCUUAUAAAGGCCUACAAUUUGCUCCAA